AUGGCUCGUCCCGGGGUGUGCGCGAGGCUGAGCUCUCUAUGGCUGAGCUCUAUGAGAGCGUUGUGGCUUCUGUGGACUGUGGUCGAUUUCGCGCUGCCUCAGGAGACUUAUGCCCCCCAUUCAAUACGGACUGAGGGGCACCUGACCCUCGGUGGACUCUUCCCGGUGCACGCCAGAGGGGCCGACGGCACGCCGUGCGGGGACCUCAAGAAGGAGAACGGCAUCCAGCGGCUUGAGGCCAUGAUGUACGCUUUGGACCAGAUCAACCAGGACGAGCAACUCUUACCCAACAUCACCUUGGGCGCCCGGGUGCUGGACACUUGUUCGAGGGAUACCUACGCGCUGGAGCAAUCUUUAACUUUCGUCCAAGCGCUGAUCACGAAGGACACCUCCGACGUGAGGUGCACUAAUGGGGAGCCACCGGUGUUUGUCAAGCCUGAAAAAGUGGUGGGAGUCAUCGGAGCCUCGGCGAGUUCAGUAUCGAUCAUGGUCGCCAACAUCCUACGCCUCUUUCAGAUCCCGCAGAUUAGCUAUGCGUCUACAGCCCCGGAGUUGAGCGACGACAGGCGCUAUGACUUCUUCUCGCGGGUGGUUCCUCCAGACUCAUUCCAGGCCCAGGCUAUGGUGGACAUUAUCCGAGCCUUGGGCUGGUCUUAUGUCUCCACCGUUGCCUCAGAGGGCAGCUACGGAGAGAAAGGAGUGGAGGCCUUCACACAACUCUCCAAAGAAGCAGGUGGAAUCUGCAUCGCCCAGUCUUUGAAAAUACCCCACAACCCCAAACUGGAGGAUUAUGACAAAGCCAUCCAACAACUGCUGGAAACGCAGCACUCGCGGGCAGUCAUCAUCUUUGCCAGCGAAGAAGACAUACGGGGAGUUCUCAAUGCCACCAAGAGGGCCAAUCAGGUGGGCCAUUUCCUGUGGAUUGGAUCUGACAGCUGGGGGGCCAAGAGCAGUCCGAUCCACCAGCUUGAAGAUGCAGCGGUGGGAGCAGUCACCAUACUACCCAAGCGCUCCUCCAUUAAAGGAUUUGAUGAGUACUUUACUGCACUCACCCUCGAGAACAAUCGCAGGAACGUGUGGUUUGCUGAGUUUUGGGAAGAAAACUUUGACUGCAGGCUCCUCAGUGCCUCAAAGAGAGAAGAUACCAGCCGUAAAUGCACAGGCCAGGAGCGCAUCGGGAUCAACUCCAAGUACGAGCAGGAAGGGAAGGUACAGUUUGUGAUUGACGCGGUGUACGCCAUGGCCCACGCUCUCCACAGCAUGCAGAGGGACUUAUGUCCUGAUCAUCUUGGCGUUUGUCCACAAAUGGAGUCUGCAGAAGGAAAGACACUGCUGAAGUACAUACGUAACACCAGCUUCAACGGCAGCGCUGGCACUUCUGUUGUGUUUAACAAGAAUGGCGAUGCUCCAGGACGCUAUGACCUGUUCCAGUUCCAGAUGAACAAUUCCUCCGCCCCAGAGUAUAAGGUGGUAGGACAGUGGGUGGAGACCCUCCAGCUCAGGCUGGAGGAGCUUCAGUGGCCAGAUGGGGAGCAGGAAGUGCCUAUCUCUGUGUGCAGUCUGCCCUGCAAAACUGGAGAGAGGAAGAAGAGGGUAAAGGGCAUGCCAUGCUGCUGGCACUGUGAGCUGUGUGAUGGCUACCAGUACCAGUACGACGAGACUUCCUGUAGACUGUGCGACUAUAACAUGAGGCCCAACCCCAACAGAACCGCCUGCCAGCCCAUCCCCAUUGUCAAGCUGGAGUGGCACUCCCCUUGGGCGAUAAUCCCCGUCUUCUUGGCCAUGCUUGGUAUCAUUGCCACCAUCUUCGUCAUGGCGACCUUCGUACGCUACAAUGAUACACCCAUCGUGCGGGCGUCGGGCCGAGAGCUGAGCUACGUGCUGUUAACAGGCAUCUUUCUCUGUUACAUCAUCACCUUCCUCAUGAUCGCCAAGCCUGACGUGGCUGUGUGUGCGUUCAGGAGGAUCUUCCUGGGCCUGGGCAUGUGCAUCAGCUACGCCGCACUGCUCACUAAGACCAACCGUAUCUAUCGGAUCUUCGAGCAGGGCAAGCAGACGGUCACGGCCCCACGUUUCAUCAGUCCCACCUCCCAGAUCGCCAUCACUUCCAGUCUGAUCUGUGUGCAGCUGCUGGGCGUGCUGGUGUGGUUCGCUGUGGACCCACCAAACACCAUCGUCGACUACGAUGAGCAGAAAACCAUUAACCCCAUGCUUGCCCGUGGUGUGCUGAAGUGUGACAUCACAGACCUACAGAUAAUCUGCUCACUGGGCUACAGCAUCCUGUUGAUGGUGACCUGCACCAUCUAUGCCAUCAAAACAAGGGACGUACCAGAAGACUUCAAUGAAGCUAAGCCCAUUGGCUUCACUAUGUACACCACGUGCAUAGUCUGGCUGGCCUUCAUCCCGAUUUUCUUUGGCACAGCCCAGUCGGCAGAGAAGCUGUACAUUCAGACAACCACCCUGACCAUCUCCAUGAACCUCAGUGCCUCAGUAGCACUGGGCAUGCUCUACAUGCCCAAGGUGUACAUUAUUAUCUUCCACCCUGAGCUGAACGUACAGAAGAGGAAGCGUAGCUUCAAGGCUGUGGUCACAGCUGCCACAAUGUCAUCACGUCUGUCCCAGAAGCCCAAUGAAAGGCCCAAUGGAGAGGCUAAGACUGAGUUGUGUGAGAACCCCGUUGCUGACCCCAUGAGUCAAGCAACCAAGAAAACAUAUGUGAGUUACAACAACCUCAGGAUCUGA